CUGAGCCCGAGGAGGAAAGCACGACUUGUCUCGCUCACGUUUAUUGUGUUUUUUUCCCUCACGGCCUGUGACUCCUCUAUCUGAUAGAGAAACGUCUCCUUCACACUGUUUACAGAGAAGUCAAGACGGUAAAAGGUGCAAAAUAGCUUGCCUUUGUUUUGUGUUGCCAUGGAAAAGGCGUGGCGGGUGGACUUCAGAAACGUGGGCUGCAGUUACUUCCCUCAGAGCAGAGUCGAUUGCCACUACACACUGAGCUCACAGCACAGCUGGGCCAGCAGUGACUGGAUAGGGCUCUUCAAGGUGGGAUGGUCAUCAGUGAGGGACUACCACACGUUUGUUUGGGCACUGGCCCCAGCCGACUAUCAAGAGGGCACAGAUGUCAACUGCUGUGUGCAUUUCCAGGCUUCCUACCUACCCAAGCCAGGCUCCCAAGAGUAUGAGUUUGUAUAUAUUGAUGCAAAGGGGGAAGUGUGCUCCUACAGCUCUAAAUUCACAUUCUGCGCCCCGAAGCCACUUGAAGAUCUGGUGACCCUUGAAGAUGAGCCCCAUGGAGGGGAGGAAAGCACAGGCAUGCUACUGGUUGUACCCAGGGCUGAACUGCUACAGAGUCGACUGCAGGAAUAUCUGCAAGAGAGAGCUGAGCUGCUGCAGACCCAUGAGGCUGCAAACAGGCAAAGGGAGAAAGAGAAGGGGGACCACAAGAGAGCAAGGGAGGCCUGGGAGAGACGACACAAAGAGCUUGAAACUGACAUCAGCAGGUUGCAGGAAGAGCUAAAGCAGAAACAGGACAUGAUCGAGGAGACGGAGAGGAAGCAGAAGGAGGAGGAGGCUUUGAGAGAAUUGCUUACCCAAGAGAAAAGUGCUUUAUUGGAUGUGAGGGAGGCAAGCGAAGUGCGAAUGAGAGAGCUGGAGGAGGACAUCAAAGCCCUGACACAGAGAACUGUGGAAAGAGAGACCGAGUUGGAAAGAGUGAAGGAAAGAGCAAAGAGGGCAGGAGUUCAGAGGAAAGAGGAGGAGAGCGAGAGAAAGAGCCUGCAGAACAAGUUGGAACAGACAGAAGCUGAACUCAGAAGUCUAUCCAAGGAGUUCCAGGGCCUGAGGAACUCGCUGGCCCAGAGAGAUACCAGCGUCCUGCAGCUCCAAAACACCAUCACCACCCUCACCCAGAAACUCACCACUGCUCACAGGAAAGAGACCGAGAGCGAGGCAGCACUGAGGGAGAUGCGGAGCCUGCGAGAGCGUCUGAACGUGACUGAGCGUACUGCAGAUGGCUUGAAGAGUGAUCUAAGUACCAUGGUAGCCCAGAGGGAUCAAGGGCAGGCUGAACUGCAUCAAGCCCGUCUUCAGGCUGCCCAACUAACCCUUCAGCUAGCAGAUUCCAGUCUGGCCCUGAGGGAGGGCAGAGCCCAGUGGGCACAGGAGAGGCAAAGUCUGCAGCGCACUGCUGAGAAGGACCACGAGCGUUUGGAGAAACUCAAUGUAGAGAUGCAGAGAAUGGAGGAGAAGCUGCAGGAGGAGAGGAUGGAAAGAGUGAAGCUGGAGGUAGAGCUUGGAAGAGAAAAGGAUUGCAACCGGGUUCAGUUGAGUGAAACCCGCAGGGAGCUCCAGGAGUUGAAGGCCAACCUUAGGGUCAACCAAAAAGAGAAGGAACAGCUUCUUGCAGAGAAACAGGAGCUGAUGGAGUACAUCUGUCAGCUGGAGCAAAAGAUGGGAACAGCGGACAGUGCCAAGUGGAGCGCUGACCCCAUCGCUUCUACAGUGCGUCCUGGCAGUGCAUUAUCUGACUCUGAGGAUGAAAACCCAGAGGCCUUGCAGCCCCUCCGUCCACCAAGACCUCUGGGACACUACAGCCUGUGUGAGCAGGGCCAAUCUAACUCCUUGCUUCUCACCACCCCUCCUCCUUCCCCCAGAGAGGUGGAGAGGGGUGCAGUGGUCAUCAACCAGCCAGCCCCUCUCUCCUCGCCACACCAGGCUGGAGCAGACACUCUGGCACACAGCUCUGACUCGGAGGAGGAACCUGAUCCACUUCAGUGUGGAAGGCGCAGCUCUGAAGACGAUACAGCACUUUUGCUGCCUGAACACAUGGACACUGUUCUCAGUGAUCUGGCCGACACCUCGCUAUGGUAACCAGUGGACAUCCAGCCCACAACCAUGGCAAAUGAUCAGAAAGAGGAGGAGGACUUUCUUGGAGUUGGUGUGUUUUCCGCAUUACUUCCACUAACAAGCACAUAUACAGCUCUGAUAUGCAAUUGACAUUGUAUCUGCCGUGAACCUUGGUUUUUCCCCUCUAGACUGUUGUGUUAUUGCCCUAGCUGUUUCAUUGUUAGGAAUGACAUAAUGCUCAUGGUGGCAGGUCAACACCGUGUUUAUUACUGACAUAAGACUCUCGCACAGUUUGAAACGGCGGGCUUUUAGGCAUGGGCUCUGGCAUUUGAGAGUUUGCAGGCUGUAGCUGAAUGAUUUCUGUUGAAUCAUUGCUAUGUCGAGAGCUUUACGAUGGAUAUUAUGUCGUUUUUAUGACAUUUGUGAUUAGGAGUCAUGACAGGCACUGUAAUUAUGACGUUUUGCGCAGGGCCUAGCUCCACUGAAAAUCAUGGCAAAACUCUCUUCCAGCAUUAAAUUUCUUCACAGCAGCUUUGAAUGCAGCAUAAAGUAACGAUACGGCAUCAUGUUAGAAUUAUAUCACAGUAAUGUAAGUCUAUGACAUCAUAUUUCUCCUCCAUUUACUCAGAACUAAGAUUUGAUAUGCACUUUCUUGUACGCAUUAGCGGCUGCUGUUGUCACAGGCAGUUCAAGAGAUUUAGAGAUGCAGAGGCUCUCUAAGAUGGACAGGCAUUUGAAAUAGAAAGCUCAUUGAAUAGAUUUUGUCUAUUGAGAUAGAUGCCAGAUGCAACUUGCUACUUCAAUAACUUCAUAUCAAUAUUAUUAUAAUAUUAAUGCUCAUAAGCUUUUCACUAUAGAUGCAAUCUUUACUUGUUUAACGAUCCUGGAUUUUACAUUUCAUAACUAUUGGAAUGAAAUGCUAAUUUACUAGCUGGUCAUUUGGAUAUUCAGUCUUUAUUACAGUUUGUAUUGUACAGAAAUAUUGAUUCAUGCUCACAAGUAGUUUUAAAUUUGUGUCUAAAAGAAUUAAAUAAGAGUCUUAUUAAAGAUUAAUCACCUUUAUAGAUCCUGACAUCAUGACAUGGUGUGGGUAUUUUUCCCUAGCCCUAUGGCAAAGUACUGCCUAAUAAAAAAUUGCUGCCUACCUUUUAAUCAAUACUGUAUGCAUUUUUCAUGAUAUUCUAUUUAUAAUUAACUUGAGUUAUGCUGCAAUGAAACUAUAUUCAGGUUUAGUUUGAAAUAAAUGUUUUGGUUUUACACACAACUGUUUGUGCAAAUGUGUGACCAUUUUUCUGUGCUUGGCUAAGAAGAUUUGCUAGACACUUUGAUGCUUGACUUUAUCUGCUGUAUUUGCACCCUAUUUUUACUAUAGAAGAGUUUUUAGAUGAAAAGUUGAUAUAUGAAUACUUAACAAUGUAUCAGGUGUGUCUUUCCAUUAUUAUCUAAAUCAUUACCAUUGUGUGUUUGUAUUUACACAUUAUGUUACCUACACUUUUUUUGUUUUUGUUUUUAAAUACUGACUCUGUUAAGAUUUCAUAUUGGAGGUAUUUUGUUGCAAAAUAUCGGUGUUAAUGAAAGGGAAUGAUACCAGCACGAUGAGCUUAAGUUAGAAGUGAACAUGUGUCAAUGAUCUGCAAAAGUAAUUAUGUUUCAACUAUUUUAGCAGGAACAGGAUUAUUAAAAAGUUAUGAGAGGAGUUUCAGCCGGUUUUGUAGUAAAUGUCUGCCCAACCUCUCAUUUACCUUGUGUCACAAGGUUUGCUAGUGUUGCAGUACAUGUUGAUUCUCCAUAUAUAGAAUGUUUAGAAUGUUCUUUCCCAGAAGAUAGUGUACUAUGUGUAUUCUCCAUAGUCUUUGUUUGUGGUUGUAAUCUGACUUUAUGUCCUGGGGAAGUAAUUUUUUUGUUGAUCCACUGAGAGUUCCAGUGUGAGUGCUCCUCGUCAGGCACACUGCCGCACAUUGCAAUAAAGCUCCAGCGGUUAUGGUUUGUUUUUAAAGUUUUGUGUGUGUGUGAAGGUUAUCAUAUGUGUACACCACCGUGUAUUUUCUUAUCAGUCAUGUAACAGGGUUUGGGCGGGGUUCUGUAUAAUAAAAUGGUUUAUGUAU